AUGACGCCAAAGAACGCAUCAGCACUGCUUGCAUGCAGUACACGGUAUUCGAAUUCCACUAUAUCUGUAAUCCCAACAAAACCUCAAUGCUCUCGUAGAAGUGCUCAAACAAGAGCUCGACGAAUCCUCUUUGACAACAUACCGAGAAUAUCAGCCAUACCACCACCUGCACCUUCCCCCGAUGCCAAUCCUGUAUUCCUGCUCCGUAAUGCAUUGGCCCUCAGCCAACCUCUCAAAGCUAUAGAGUAUUGGUCGCAAAUCAACACAUCAGAAUCUAGAAUGCAAAACUUGAGGAUGCUGUCGUCGGAUGAUUACGCUGGUCUAUUACGAGCCAUCACGCAUCCUGAAAUACAGAAAAGGAGCGAGAUUAGACGGUCGGUGAUGGAUGUUAUUGAAAACACUGGCCAGGCUGGGGUCGAAGAAAAUGUUAUUGUCAACGUUGAGAGGACUAGUGAACUGCAAGCUGAAAUAGUUAGGUCGCAGGGACUCAAGGAUUUAGGAGAGAUAGUGAAACGGGCAGUUGGUUUUGGCAAGCCAUUGUCAACCCCAGUUUGUAAAGUAGUCUUUGAAUCACUAGCUGCAAAUCAACGAUGGAUGGCUGCUAGUCAACUGCUCGCCCAAAUAUAUAAAGAGGGAGAUACAAUCACGCCCAAAAUAGCUGAAUAUAUGGUAUUAACUCUAUCCGCAUAUCGUAAAACAACCACCGAAUCCGAAUCCUUGACACAGCUACUACAGGCCAUGUAUACCUUGCCUCCGUCACUAUCCGUAAAUAAGGCACUAAUGGACUUUUUCGCUGAUUAUGGUCGUAUUACACCCGUAAACAAGUACUUUGACGAUCUGAAAAAGGCCGGAAUACAACCUGAUUCAGGUUGCUACGAUGCACUCAUCAAGACGCAUGUCGUUAGAGGUCAAUUAGGAGAUGCAAUCCAUACAUAUGCAGAGAUGCGGAAACGAGGGCUUGAAGCUACAGACGCUACAUAUAUCAACCUCAUCAAUGGACACUCGGAUGCUAAAGAUGUAGCAGGUGCCGUACGUUUCUUUUACAAGAAGCACUCCGUGCCUGGAUAUACACCAUCCGCAUCCGUAUGUGCGGCUCUAGUUAGCGCAUAUGCAUCCGCAGGUGAACUACAAAAGGCUUGGAGGACGGUCAAGACAUCUAUGGAUGUACAAAAAACUAGAUUCACAACGGGUGAUUUCACAGCACUAGCAGCAGCACAUGCCAAUAAACACACGGAUAUGCUCCGAGACGCCUUGACAUGGGCUGAAAUCAGCAAAAACAAACAUCGAAAAAUAAGCCUUACUCAUAACUUGAUACAAAGUAUGGUUGAUUUACAUAGUCAGGAAGGUGCUCAUGGUGUACUACGGCUCGCUGCUGAUCUAGAAAAGGCAUUAAAAAUGCAUCUAACGGACAACAUAAAGUCUUGCAUGGUCUCUGCACAUGCCAUGCUGGGAGAAACUGAUAAAGCAGAACAGAUGCUGGAGGCUUUUAAAUUCAAACCCACGAAUCGUCAACCAUAUAAUUUAUUACUGAAGGCAUAUGCGGAUGCUAAAGAUCCAGCUGGUAUUCAUCGUGUACGAGCUGUGAUGAAACAGUCGAACGUACAACCUGAUAGUGACACUUUUGAAGCAUUGCUGACUGGUGCUAGUGAUAAUGACGCAGUCAAAUUAAUAGUCAAUCAAAUGUAUCAAAGCGGUUGGAUUCCUGGAGAGGAACAUGUAAAGUCGUUGGCAACGAUAGAUAGUAAGAAGCUCUUAUUGUUUGCUUGA